CCCGGCGGGCGCGAGGCUGCAGCGCGCGCCGGGCGCUGAGCGGGACGCGGGGGAAGCGCGCGCGAAGGGGCGCGCGCAGGCGAGAGCGCGCGGGGGGGCUGCCCCGGGGCGGCCCCCCCACGUCGGGGCGCAGCGGGCGGCGGCGGCGGGAGCGCGUCCCGUCCGGGUCCUGAGGAGCCGGAGCCACCGCCGCCGCCGCCGCCACCACCACUCGCCAACAUGGCGGACCUAGAGGCCGUGCUGGCCGAUGUCAGCUACUUGAUGGCGAUGGAAAAGAGCAAGGCGACCCCGGCCGCCCGUGCCAGCAAGAGGAUCGUCCUGCCCGAGCCCAGUAUCCGGAGCGUGAUGCAGAAGUAUCUCGCAGAAAGAAAUGAAAUAACCUUUGACAAGAUUUUCAACCAGAGAAUCGGUUUCUUGCUAUUUAAAGAUUUUUGUUUGAAUGAAAUUAAUGAAGCUGUACCUCAGGUGAAGUUUUAUGAAGAGAUAAAAGAAUAUGAAAAGCUUGAUAAUGAGGAAGACCGCCUUUGUAGAAGUCGACAAAUUUAUGACACCUAUAUCAUGAGGGAGCUGCUGUCUUGUUCACAUCCAUUCUCGAAGCAAGCUGUAGAACAUGUCCAAAAUCAUCUAUCCAAGAAACAAGUAACGUCAACACUUUUUCAGCCAUACAUAGAAGAAAUUUGUGAAAGUCUUCGAGGCAACAUCUUCCAAAAAUUUAUGGAAAGUGACAAGUUCACUAGAUUUUGUCAGUGGAAAAACGUAGAAUUAAACAUCCAUUUGACCAUGAACGAUUUCAGCGUACACAGGAUCAUUGGACGGGGAGGCUUUGGCGAAGUGUACGGCUGCAGGAAAGCAGACACUGGGAAAAUGUAUGCAAUGAAAUGCUUAGAUAAAAAGAGGAUCAAGAUGAAACAAGGAGAAACAUUAGCCUUAAAUGAAAGGAUUAUGUUGUCGCUUGUCAGUACAGGAGAUUGUCCUUUCAUUGUCUGUAUGACCUACGCCUUCCAUACGCCAGAUAAACUCUGCUUCAUCUUGGACCUGAUGAACGGGGGCGACUUGCACUAUCACCUUUCGCAACACGGGGUGUUCUCUGAGAAGGAGAUGCGCUUCUACGCCACCGAGAUCAUCCUGGGGCUGGAACACAUGCACAAUCGUUUUGUUGUGUACAGAGAUCUGAAGCCAGCAAAUAUCCUCUUGGAUGAAUACGGACAUGUUAGGAUAUCAGAUCUCGGUCUUGCCUGUGAUUUUUCCAAAAAGAAGCCACAUGCGAGUGUGGGCACCCACGGGUACAUGGCUCCUGAGGUGCUGCAGAAGGGGACAGCGUACGACAGCAGUGCUGACUGGUUCUCCCUGGGCUGCAUGCUCUUCAAGCUUCUCCGAGGUCACAGCCCUUUCAGACAGCAUAAAACCAAAGAUAAGCAUGAAAUAGACCGGAUGACGCUCACCGUGAAUGUGGAACUUCCAGACACCUUCUCCCCGGAACUGAAGUCCCUUCUGGAGGGCCUGCUCCAGCGAGAAGUUAGCAAGCGGCUUGGCUGUCACGGAGGCGGCGCACAGGAAAUAAAGGAGCACAGCUUCUUCAAAGGCAUCGACUGGCAACAUGUCUACUUGCAAAAGUACCCUCCACCCUUGAUUCCUCCCCGGGGAGAAGUCAAUGCUGCUGACGCCUUUGACAUUGGCUCUUUUGAUGAAGAGGACACCAAAGGCAUCAAGCUCCUUGACUGCGACCAAGAACUCUACAAGAACUUCCCGUUGGUAAUCUCCGAGCGCUGGCAGCAGGAAGUGGUGGAAACCAUUUACGAAGCGGUGAAUGCAGACACAGAUAAAAUCGAGGCCAGGAAGAGAGCUAAAAAUAAGCAACUUGGCCACGAAGAAGAUUACGCCCUGGGAAGAGACUGUAUUAUGCACGGGUACAUGCUGAAACUGGGAAACCCCUUUCUGACUCAGUGGCAGCGUCGAUAUUUUUACCUCUUUCCAAACAGACUUGAAUGGCGAGGAGAGGGGGAGUCGCGACAAAAUUUGCUGACAAUGGAACAGAUUCUGUCUGUGGAAGAAACUCAGAUUAAAGACAAAAAAUGCAUUUUGUUGAGGAUAAAAGGAGGGAAGCAAUUUGUCUUGCAAUGUGAGAGUGACCCCGAGUUCGUGCAGUGGAAGAAAGAGUUGACAGAAACUUUCACCGAGGCCCAGCGGUUGUUGCGGCGCGCUCCCAAGUUCCUCAACAAGUCUCGGCUGGGCGUCGUCGAGCUCUCAAAGCCGCCCCUCUGUCACAGGAACAGCAAUGGCCUCUGACACCCAGGACGGGAGGGUCCUGGCGCAGACGGGGCCUCAGCGAAGUCCACACCGGCUGUUUUCAGCCCUUGAAAUGGAGCCUUUUGGAGACGGACGAGGAUCAGAGGAUGGAUUCACUCCUUCCCAGGGUUCUUCCGCCGCUGGGGAGACCCAGGACGCCGAGGUGCUCCUAAUAGGAGUUGUGACCUUUCUCAGGCCCAGGGUCGGCCUCCCACCCACCAGAGCGGCCCCCGCUGCCUCACAUCUGUCCACACGCAAAACUACUGAAGAAAAGAAAGUUUUUUUUCUUUGCUACACACUCAUUUUGGUAUCUAUGAGCCUAGCACUUGAGAUGAUUCCUACUUAUCACUUCGAUUUUUAUGUCUGCUCUCAAACAUCUUCGACUUGCCAAGAUGGAACUUAACUGUCCGCAGUGUCGGGUAAUCGAUCGUCCCCGGUGUUGCCCUGUUUUAUCUGUAAACAGUCACUGCUGAUUUUCGGUGUCUUUGCUCCAUGCUACUGGCGGCGGGGGGCCAGCCGUGUGUUUCUCCUGUGCACUUCAGGACCGACUUCUUGCUGUCCCCGGCCGAAAGCUGAAGACGUUUCCCGAGAAGGGGGCACUCGGCCCUCGCCGCCCGUGCGCCGCGCCCACGGGUGCGGUCCGCCUCUGAUGGGGAGCCCCUGGAGGGAACCGAGGGAGCGGGCGCUCAGAGGCCGCGGGGGUCCCUCAGGGCUGGGGGCGCUCGGCAGUAGAUCGUUGCAGAUGCCGACGGCGAUUCUGAAGGAGAGGCAGCGGGGCUUUAAUUUCAGGGCAAUAACGACUUUCAGCGAUCUUCAAGUUUGGGGGUGAGCCUGUUGGGUGGCGACUAGAAGCUGUUGUGUGACACGGUCAUUCUGGAUCCUCCUGCCCAACCUCAAAAAACAUAUCAGCGAUGGAUGUGUAAGGGAAGGAAACUGCUUCACCUUUUAGUAUAAUUUAAAAUGAAUUUUAUUGAAAAAAGAAUGAAUGUGUCAGAAUGGGUUGACUGUGUAUGUGGACUUUUAUGUUGCUGUUGAUCUGCCAGUCAUGACCGAUACUUCGCACUGGGUGGGUUGUUCUGCGACGGUGACGUUGGUGCGUGAAGACUGUCGCCUGAUUCCCGUGGCGCCCUCUCCCCAGCGAGCGCCAUGCCCUCCUCACGCCCCAGUAAAUGCUGGCUGAUGAGAAAAGGGUGUUUCCCACCAACGUCCUCCAUGUCAUCAGGCUAAAAAAUAAUAAUAAUAAUAAUUUUGAAAGUCCACUUAUUUGUCCUGUUCUUAGUGCAAUUACAUUGUAUGUUUCUAAGUUAACUACUAACAAUAUACAUAACUUGCCAUCAUAAUUGUCUGCAUCCUGUCCUUGGUAUUUUUAGUGGUUCUAAGUCUUUGUUUUUACAUUUCUGUGCUGUGUUCAUUGGGAAAGAUAGUACUUUUUAAAUGAAACUCUAUUUUGGGAGUGGGGAAGAUGAUUACUGAAAGAGUCUUUUAUUUUUCACGGGAGUUACUUUGGAAAAGAAAUUAGGAGGGUCACUAUCCGUCUCAGCUAUUUGUUGGAGUUUAACACACACAGUUCUGCCGUCUGCGGUUUUCAAUAGAGGGGGAGGGGUGUGGUCUGCACUCUCGGUUUUAAAAGGGAAGAACAGUCCUCAAGUUCUGUUUUUUUUAAAAA